UGCCGCCGACAAAAGAAAAACGAAAUCUUUAAUGGUACACGAAGCUGCCGUUACAAAUCCAACAUUUGGUGGCAGCAUAAAGUGGUCGCAGUCGACAGCGCGCCUAUAAAAACAACGAACGCAGCGGCAAUAAAUGCAAACGCGUUUUAACCGAGCAACUGACAACACGUAAUCAGCCGUGGAACUGAUUGUGAAAUACCAACAUCAAGAACAUUACUUUUUAAUAUCGUGCAAAAGAUUCAGACAUUGACAAAAUGCAAUCAUUGGCCAAACAAUCCAUGCGUACCUGGCCACAGGUCACCAAGCAAGUGAGCUACUACACAACGAGCAGUACAAUGCGCGCCUUGACCAAAGAUGACCCUCUAGUGGUUGAGGUGAAGGAGCCCAAGACACGCACCGAAAAGCUGAUGGCUUUCCAAAAAAAACUGCGCGCCAAAACACCGCUGGGCAAGUUGGAUGAAUUCUCUCGUCAUCCCUUCCAGGAGCAGGAGCCUCUGAAGCCGUGGCCCAACAAUGUCAACCCGCAUACUGGAGAAAUUGGUGGUCCCGCUGGUCCAGAGCCCACACGCUAUGGCGACUGGGAGCGCAAAGGACGAGUCACAGAUUUCUAGUCAACCCAAACACUUGUAACUCGUGGUAGAGACUGUAGUUAGGCUUUUUAUAAAAAUGUAGUUUAAGCAACAAAAUUAAGAACACACUAUGUAUGUAUACUCGAAACUUAAAUAUGUAUUUAGGGCUCUUUAAAUAGACAUACACCUGUAUAAA